CCUGCUAUUUAACCCAACCGGCUCGAUUGGAGGCUGAGAACCCGGUUCACUCUCUCUCUCUCUCUCUCUCUCUAUUCGCCUAAACAUUACAGGCUAGAGCUCCGACCCCCGCCCGUCGUCCCAUUUGCCUGGAAGGAAUAAUCAGAGCCUGUUCGCCAUGGAAUCAGCCGCUUGCAGAAGCGGAGGGGGUCUUCUCCGAGGCCUCUAUAGAGUGAUUGCGCGUCGGAACUUGGUCUACGCAAGCUCCAACGUCAACGGAGCUAAUGUCGGAGAACGGAUUCACCAAGCGAAGCAAGACAUGUCCCGAUCAUCGUUGAUGCCGUUGAUGAAGUGUAUAAGUCCAUUUUUUGCUGGUCGAAUUCAAGGGAAUCAUAGGCUUUUGAGCUCUUCCUCUUCUGCCGCACUUCAUGAAGCUUCUUCCUCUCCAUCACCAUCUGCUGAUGAUGUACAUUUGACGGCCGCUUGCAUCCAGAGAAUGAAAGAACUGCAGGCUGCUGAAGGUUCCCGUAAAAUGCUUCGCUUGAGUGUAGAAACUGGUGGAUGUUCAGGAUUUCAAUAUGUUUUUAAUUUUGAAGAAAAAGCCAAUUCAGAUGACAGGGUUUUUGAGAAAGAUGGAGUUAAACUUGUUAUAGACAAUAUUUCAUUUGAUUUUGUGAAAGGGGCAACUGUUGAUUAUGUCGAGGAGCUCAUCCGUGCUGCUUUCCAGGUAACUGCAAACCCAAGUGCAGUGGGAGGGUGUAGCUGCAAAAGUUCUUUCAUGGUAAAACAGUAGUCCUCCAAUUUGCUCUUUUUCCAAUCAUCAAGCCGGUUACCAGUGAUGUAUUGAUCUUCUGAGAAACACUGCAUUCUUUGAUUAUUAUGGCUGGGAAUAAAGACGUGGAGCCAUUGUGUAAUCCAUUGUAAAAGAAAAUAGCCAUCCAUUACAUUCUUCUGGAAAUAAAAGGCAAACCACACCGAUUUGUGAAUUGAUGAUGCUAAUAUUUGUGAAGUCAGUUGACCAGCAUUUUGGUUCUCGUAGCAAUUUUCGGGAUCA